CGGCGCUCAGCCGCCUGUUCUUGCACUGCACAGUGGCAUCUCUACAACACUGCAAGUGAGCCUAUUCGACUUGGACCUUCAGAUUUCACAGGUGAUUCGGGGCGCAUCCUUGAUUCAAAGAUGCUAUUAAAGUAAACGGCUGUCUCCUAAUCUUUCUUCCAGCUUGCACUAAAAUUCUUGGCCGUCAACUUCGCCAUCGGAGUCCACCUCGCAUAUCACUGUCUCAUGUACCAAGUGUCGCUUUACACGAGGCGGCCGCAUCAUCUGCGUCUUCGAAAUCAGACUGCGGCACGGUCAUGAGACCGUCAUACAAUCCUUAAGUAAACCCGCUGAAAUCCCAGGUCGAUUACAGCUCAUGAUGUAUUCUAGGGCUUGGCUUUUGUUCGUUCUUUCGACUACAGCUGGAGGAUGGACCGCGUCAUUGAGCGCCGCCAAAACCAGUAUCCCCGCUUCGAGCGCUGCGCACAUCACAUCCACGAUCUCCGCACCUGUGAGCACGAUAACCGCUAAUGCCCCUCCCGUGGGAUCCAUUCCGCGCGACUAUUCUCCUGCGGGUCUGGAGCGUCUCUGGGAUAUUGUCGGAUCCAUCGAGCCUCCUCCAUUCACCACAACGCGUGUUCCGACGAGCACCAAGAUCCAGUUGCCUGCGUCGCCGCCGCCGCUCUACCCUUCCUUCUUUUCUCCGGCUCCCAAGGACAUUUUGCCGCACCUAAAGUUUCCGCCUGGCUUCAAGUUCGGCAUCGACACCGCUGCGUUCCAGGUUGAAGGCGCCGCGAAAAGCGAAGGAAAGGGGCCCACGAUGUGGGAUUGGUGCGGCCACCUACCGGGGUGUAUAUUCGACAACUCCACUGGUGACAUUGUUGAUUUGCAGUACUUCCUGUACAAAGAGGAUGUCGUUCGCGUCGCUGCGCUCGGAAUCACGGCGCACUCGUUCUCGAUCUCGUGGGCCCGCAUCUUUCCUUUCGGUGCAGCUGACUCCCCGCUGAACAAGCAAGGCUUGCAGCAUUACUCGGAUCUGAUCGACUAUCAUUGGGAGCAGGGCGAGCGGCGCUCACACAAGAGCCUAGUUCAUUGGGACGUUCCGUUGGCCCUUUUGGCCCACUAUGGCGGUUUCACUUCUCCAAAGAUUGUUGACGACUUUGUCCACUAUGCGAAGACUGUCUUCAAGGCUUACAAUGGACGAAUCAAGACCUGGUACACCUUCAAUGAACCUCGAGUUUUCUGUGCAUUCUUCAUUGAUCCGCCGUUCUCAAAUCUGCUUGCGCCGGGAGUCAAUGCGUCGAUGGCCCCUUACGUCUGCACAUAUAAUUUGAUGAAAGCCCAUACCGCUACUGUGAAAGCUUUCAGGGAAAUGGGAAUCAGUGGAGAGAUUGGAUUCAAGAGUGACGACUUCAUUGGUGUUCCAUGGCGAGCGAACUCGACAGAAGAUGCUCUUGCUGUCGAGCGUCACGCUGCGUUCCGGAUUGGGGCAUUUGCUGAUCCAGCUUACACGACUGGCGAUUGGCCGAAAAUCCUCACGGAUACCCUCCCGCCAGACUAUCUGCCACGCUUCACUCCCCAGGAGAUCAAAGACAAUCUCGGGACGGCUGACUUUUUCGCCACUGACUGCUACCGUUCCCAGUACGUAGUGGCACCGGCGGAAGGCAUCGAUGCGUGUGUCGCAAACUCCUCGCAUCCUCUAUGGCCGGAAUGCCACGAUGUUGUGCUGUUUGAUUCUUCGAAUGCGGGUUGGGCAGUGGGUGUCAGUGCCGACCCACGUUCGAGCUGGCUGCAGGCUACUCCAAAUACCCUGCGAGGACUAUUGAAGGGCUUGCACACCCGAUGGCCUUCCAAGAAGAUGUAUGUAUCUGAGUUCGGAAUGUCGGAACCUUUCGAGUGGGCCUGGACUGAUCUGUUCCGCAUCACGGCGAGACUUUUUUUUUUUGCUGAAGAUGUAGCACGAACCAAUUAUUACAUGACCUAUCUCGGCGAAAUCAUGCUGUCUAUUCAUGAAGAUGGAGUGCCAAUCUCCGGUGCCUUUGCGUGGGCCAUGCUCGACAAUCUGGAAUGGAAUGAUGGAAUUCGCACCAGGUUCGGCAUACAAUAUGUCAACUACACCACUCUCGAAAGAGUCUACAAGAGAUCUGCCUUUGCUUUGGGAGCCAAGCAAGACAAAUCCUUCAUGUGCGAUGUGGCUGUGACACCAUUGGAAUUCCAGAUCGUUCCCAGUUUGGAAGUUGAUCUUGAUGGUAAAUCCCCCGUUCAAUGCUCGCCCAUGAUCGAAUGGUCGACACCCGCACGCCGGUCUGGGCACCGUUCCCUGUCUCUCAUCCCCAAUGAAGUGUACCUCGAAAUCUUCGCGUACUUGGAGCCACGCGACGGCUAUGGGACCCUGGAUGCAAGCCAAUCGAACCAAACCUUCGUCAACCUAUCGCGCGUCUGCCGCUUCUUCUGCGCCGCGUCUCUGACCGCGUUAUACCGCCGAGUCCGGUUCUCGGCCCGCAACGAAGAUCACACGACGAGGACGAGGGGCAUGAAUCCGGAUGCCCUAUGCGCGUUGCUCGUGAGACGGCCUCCCAGGGACGCAAUGGACACGUUCGGGCGGUCCAGCGCGUCAGAAAUCGAGUGGGCGAAAAUGAUCGCGUCGUGGGUGAGGGAAUGCGUCUUUGACGGGUGGGCAGAACCCCGCGGGCGGAUUCCCUACGCGCACUUGUUUCUGGAGCGCAACUGGCGCGCCAUGCGCAGCAUGUCAGGUCUCACCGCGCUCACUCUCCGCUCGACGCCCGUCACGAAGGCGCUCCUGCGCACGUUGUCUGCUCUGAGUGGCACCCUGAAACGACUGUCCUUGCGCGCAUGCGCCUUCAAGAUUGUGUUGACGGACAAGCAGAUUCAGUGGCUGGACUCGCUCCGACUGGAUGUGUUGGAGGUUUUCGAGACAUUCGAGUCCUGGGAGGAUAUCCCGCUUGAGGCUAUCCGCCUGAAGGACGUCGUCGAAUUCCGAACCGAUAGUUGGCCAUAUGCGGAGCACUUCCUGAAAUCUUCCUACUCUCGUCUGCGUUGUUUGGAGCUGCACGAUGUUUCUGACAUCCCUCUCCUCCUCCGUUUUCUCGAGAAAACACCCACGCUUCAUGCUCUGACCGUCCAGAGCAUCAUGACCGAUCAUUCGGAAACUCCUCGAGUGGAACUCGAUUCAGAAACCUUACCGCAGCUGGACGCGUUGACGGUGCCUCCCAUGUUGCUCCAAGUCCUAUCGCGCGGUACUGUGCGCACGUUGUCGCUCCUGGGCGAGGAAAGCCACUUGUAUGACGAAGAGAUCGGAUUUUUCCCCACGUUGCGAGCACUGACAGAGACGGAUCUCGCUUCACUCUUUCGUUCCGAGGCACCUGCUGCACAGUCGCUUUCCGAGCUUGACCAGCCUAGUCCUCUCCUUCGAUCAUCAAAACUACGCAAAGCACCCUAG